UUAGACCAUGUCUAUGAUGUUCAGUUUAUUCAGUGAAAUUAUCUAUUUUUGAUUGAGAUGCAGUUUUAACAAAAUAUGUUCAAAUGAAAAAAGCGAACUGUGUCGUUGGAACUUUUAUCCUACCGUAUCGGGUGUGUGUUUUUCUUCACUGAGAAAUGAUAUCAAUCACAGUCUUUCUCUCCCCCGUGUAGUGAAGCUGAGGAUCCCUAACAAACGUAAUUAUGUGGACGGAUAGGGGUUUCUCCUUGUCCGACAGCUCGCCAGAUUCGCUGUUCGAGUUAUGCCUCGACUACAUAGCGAACAACCUGAACACUAUUACGACACUCGACCCGAAGAGCCGAUGGCGUAAACUCAAAGACGACGUCAUAUUGCCAGCGGAAAUAUGCGAGCAGUUCCUUCGAGUUUACCAGCGGAAGAACCGAGUGAACGACAACAUCGCGAACCUGUUCCGCGACCGCACACGCACGCGGUUGAAGACCGUGAGCCUCCGCAACUCUCGCAUUACUGACGAGGGCCUGCGCUGCCUGCUGGAGCACAAGCCCAGCGCCGUGGACCUGGUCCAGUGCGAGUACCUCAGCCAGAGCGCGCUAGACAUCAUCAACAACAACAGCGAAAAUCUAGUCUCUUUGAAAUUUGGCCACCUCACCUACGUGUUCUCACAGGAUGAAACGGCAUUCAGACAACGCGGCUACAUCAUCAAUGCGCCCAAGCUCAGAAGCCUCACUAUACACCGCAGGGGCAUGGCCAUCUACCCCCUACUGCUCCUCAGACCUCUCACACAACUCACACAUUUAGACCUUUCCGAAUGCACAUCAGCUGGAUCAAUAUGGGCAUUAAAUUUAUUGAAAAAGUUAGUUUCUCUAAUCCUACAUAAUGUGCAUUGGUCGAAAGAUGUCAUAGACUGGAUAGCAAGUCUCACUUGCCUUAGGCAUUUAGAUAUUUCACAACCAAAUGAGAGACAUGGCAAAUAUUAUGCACCAAAUGACGUACUUGCUAAAAUAGUGACGAGCCUGCCAAAUUUGGAGUCGUUGGAUAUAUCGGGAACUAACCUGGCUGGUUCGGGGGCAGCAGCAGCCUCUUCAGUAACUGACGGUCCAGAUGGCACCUCCGCGCCGCAGGUCCGGUGUGAUAUACCAGGCCUCAUCAGCAGAGUGAACAAUCCUCUACAUUUCCUCGGACUCUACGGCACUCAUCAUGGAGCUUGCAAAAGACAUGAUAUUCCAGCUAAAGUGAUUUCUGGAGAUGCCAAUGAGGACCAGAUUCUGACGGCAGCGGUUGCCUACAUGGGUCGCCCGGUGAUGCUGAUGAGGGUGCUCAAUGACCUCUACUAUCUGUUCCGCUAUGAGAACAACGCACAUGUUCCCCGAGCCCUGUCCAUCGUCCUUGAUGCCAUGGACCAACAUCUUGGGGAGAAGCACAUCCAGAUUUCUGGAAGCGCGACGCUGUUUUAUAUAGUGAAGGGGAAGGAAAAAGCGAACAUCGGCAUCCGUCUGAAGCGACGCAUCAUCACGGCUCUUCUGGUCGGCAUGGAGGCUCAUCUCGGAGACGACACCAUGAUGAGGAAUGGGUGCCUGACGCUCUGCCAGUUCAAGAUACCCACUGAUGUGCUGUUCGAAUACGAGCGAGUGGUGCUGAUCCUUCUGAACGGAGUGGCGGACGUGAACCAGGAGGGGUUCGUGCAGCGCAUCGCCAUCUACCUGCUCAACUCGCUGGCCUGCCAGGUGGACGGCGUACAGAAGCGGUUCCUCGGUGACCACGGUGCUAUAGGGAAAAUGCUCAAUCUGAUCUCGGAUAGGCUGGAGCGGCGGGUUUGCGACGACGUCCUCGAGGUGGCCUGGUCCACCAUGUGGAACGUCACCGACGAGACCCCACAGAACUGUCUCAAGUUCCUCGAGAACAGAGGCAUGGAGUAUUUCCUUGCCUGCCUAAAGAACUUCCCGGACAAAGAAGAGCUGCUACGCAACAUGAUGGGUCUCCUAGGCAACGUGGCUGAGGUCCAGGAACUACGCCCGCAACUCAUGAAUCAGCUGUUUCUGUCCGUAUUCUACGAACUGCUAGACUCGUCGAGCGACGGUAUCGAGGUAUCAUACAACGCGGCCGGCGUCCUAGCGCACAUGGCGUCCGACGGUCCAGAGGCGUGGACUGUCAAAGAGCCGGCGCGGGAGGCCGUGCUGAACCGCGUGGCCUCGGCCGUCGCCCGCUGGGACCUGCACGCCGAGAGGAAUAUUAACUACAGGUCGUUCGAGCCGAUACUGAGCCUGCUCAGCGCUCACCACACGCCGCAGUGCCAGCACUGGGCCGUCUGGGCGCUGGCCAACUUGACUACGGUUUAUCCCGACAAAUACUGCAGCUUGGUGGAGGCCGAGGGCGGCAUCCGGCUGCUGAACGAGCUGCUGCUCCACGACGCGCCCUACCCCUGCAUCAAGGCACUGGCUCGCAGGGUGAUCAGCAACUGCGAGCGUCACCUAGCCCCCGCGGAGCCGGCCGCGCCGCCGCCCGAUCCGGAGGUCCCCUGUAUGGAGAAUUAACUAAGAAUCUUCUUCGAGGACAUCCUUCCUCGGAUCGAAUAACACGCCAGGUGGGCCAGGGACCACUGGGUGACCGUAGGCCUCGUCAUCAUCAUGUUCCAGUUCUCUCUCCUCACAUAUAAAGUGUAUGAACCCUCAUUCACACAGGAAUAUGACGAUCGAUGGGAUUAAAUCGUCGACAGGAGCGACGGGCCCUGGGAAACCGUCGCAAGAGUAUCGUUUUUCACCGGGAAGUAUUAACCAAUCACAUCCGUCUUCGGAAUAUGAAUUCUUCGCUGAAUUUUAAUGCUGGCUGGAUGGAAAUGGGUUAUUAGUUUUCGGAUCCAGAGGAACUGAUUUAAAGAGUGGACUUUUGUUUCGUUACGAAUGUAACUUGGUGUUGGUGAACGGUAGUGGAGUGGCUUAGGCACGCGGAUGUAAGAUAGUUUUAAAUUAUAAAUAGAUAUAUUAUUAAUAGGGUAAUUUUAUGGUUAAAGAGAGAUUUCACUCACAUAGAUUAUUAGAGUAAGUAUAUUUAUUAUUUACAUUUCAUUUGCGAGGCGGCUUUGUUGAUUGUAUUUCAAAAAUGGGAUGUAUUUUUUAACUAUAGCGCUAACCUAAAGCUAGAAAAAUUUCGGUCAUAGGCCCCAACCCCAAUUUAACAAAAGAAUUGGACCUAAACAUGAUAGGUUAAGAAUUGGUCCUUGACACAUAUCUAUCUUUGUGAAGACGGCUGUCUCUUCUUUAUAAAUAUCAACACUUUUAACUGUCCAAGCCUCAAUGUGUUCCAUAGCUGCUCACCUUUUAAUGGCAUAAAGAGUCAGAAAGUAAUCGAUUGCUCUGUAAUCUUUUGAUUCCAUACACAUUUUCUUUUUCGAAUCUUGCUUAGGUAAAUAGGUUGAACUGUUAUAGAUUUUAAUUAAAUAUAUUUAAGGAUUGUUUGCUCCUCUUGUCUUCUUAGGUGUUUUAUAUUGAGUUUUGCUUCAUACAUUUAUAAGUAUUACUCAGUACAUUUUAUUUGUCGAUAACUAAAAUUAAGAGCUACAUUUACAAAUUAAUUAUACCUCUCAUUACUUUAAGUAUAUGUUUAUAUUUACUCCCUGAUUUAGAUUUUUAUUUAUGUAUAUCAACUUGAAAAUGUCGUUGUUUUAACAACGAAUCUAUUUAGGUAAUAGCUUUAAUGUCAUAAAUUAUAUGAAAUUACAUAUUGAUUCAACAUAUUCGGUACGGUUGUGUGUAGUGAACUAGGUGCUCAUGUAUUUUUGUUCAUAAUUAGGUAAGUACAUUGUCAACAGAUACCUACUAUUUAAUUAUAAUAAUUUACAGUUAGAAUAUAUAGCAGAAAAAAUGUAAAUAUAUACAAAUAUAACUAAAUAUAAAUCUAUAUUUGACAAAUCAAAUCAAAAACUACCCAAGUACCCUCCAAAAUACAUAAGAACUAAAAUAUUUGAGCACCUCGUUUUAUAAUGUGUUGCUAUUUUAUGAAACAAAUCUAGUUGGAAUGGACUAUUACAACAAAUGUACGUGUAGAGUUUAUGCAAUAUAAAACGUGUAAAUUUGACAGUGAAUUUGCAUGAUUAUAGUUUUAACGCAACGUUUAGCAUAAACGAACUAAUCGAACACGUAUUUUAAGCGUAAGAAAUCUUAAUUAAGCCAAUAGUGAUGCAGACCAUGUCACAGUCGGAUUACUGAGGAAUGUUUAUUUGGGAAACCUAGAUUUUAGUAGGUAAUUAUAAGUCACGCAGAUAUAGCAACAAUAUGAUAGAAAUGGCGGAAUUAUCAGUGAUUGAUGAUUGAGAGAGCGUUAUAUGAACUAUUUGCAUGAUGUUUAUUCUUAGGCAUUAUUCCACCAUUGUGCGUCAAAUACUAUGCAUCAAAUUGACACUCGUAUACUAACCAGGAUCUGUCAUUUCCUUGCGAUGGUGAAUCCGCAAUCAAUUUGACACAUCCCGUAAGUUUUACAGCUAUAGCUAUCAGCAAUAGCAGGAAAAUGAGCAUAUAAAUGGAUUAGCACAAAAAGUUUAAACCAGAUGUUUGAAAGAUGUGUAUAAUGUAUUGGACAGCUUUAUCAAUAUGUUUAACGUCUGUGUAUUUUUUGUGGUAAGACCGUACUCAGUAGUACUCAGGUUAUGUAACAUCUAUUUGCCAUUUGAUUGUAAUUUGUUUGACAUUUUUAUUUUACUUGUUAUACAUAUUAUAAAUAAUGGGCGAUUAGACAAUCAGCUCAGAUUUGAUAUUCGGCCAACUGAGCGAACGAAUCUGGCGUAAACGUAUUUACUAUAGUUUAGAAAUCGAUUAGAUGUGAAUAUAUGGAUAGUAACAAUUGGUGUGCGGUUACAAGUACCUACCAUGAGAUUUCAAGUGAUUUGGACUUAUUAAAAUAUACAAGUGGCAUGUGUUGGGUGCUUAUGGCAUACCUCUCUCUCAAGUGAUGCAUGAAUACAUUUCUGAGGAAAAGAGGAUAGUGACGGGUCUUAGGAUGUUUAAUGGGAAUUUAGAUGAUUGGUUUUAUGGGUCUCGCGUUAUGGUGGCAUUGAUUGCGUGAAACAUAAUAUAUUAUAACCAUAUUAUUAUAAUUAGGUCUUAAACCAGAAUAUUUAUUGUUGUUCAAUGUUUACUUAAUGUACCUAUUUACUUACCUAAUAAGGGUUAAAGUCGGAAUUUGAUGUUUUAUAGAAUAGUGUACUUUGACUAAGAUCCAGGUAUCUUUGGCUAGAAAGAUAAAUUCAUAUGACAUUCGAGAAUAUCAUGAAAGUUUUAAGUUCAUAGGGAGUUUUUUGACAGCUCUUUAAAACAAUCACGUUUUGGAUUGAAUGAACGGGACUAAAGUAUGCGACAUACUUCUACUAUAGCCAUCAUAACGCCAUAUUUUUUAAUGAGCUGUCUGAUAACUUCAUAUUUAAAGUACUUUUUUAUAAAACGUUAAUCUCAUACUAUAACCCUCAAUAUUUGUUGUGAGCCUAUUACAUUGUAUGCUAUUUGUAACUAUAUGUUCCAAUAUUAAUACUGACAGUUUUUUCAUGCUUUAAAGGUGCCUGCCAAGAGUACAUACUCUUGGGCUCUUGGGUUGGGUAGGCGAUACCGACUAUGUUCAAAUAUAUCGAUCAACCAAGAUUAGGUUAAGCCGGCUCAGACACCUUUAUAGCACAAAUUCUGCUUCAGUUUUGAAUUUGUAAGUAUGUAUAUGUAAAGCUCGUGUUUCAAAAUAAAAGAGAACAUUCGCUCUCUAAAAGCAUAAUUAUCUUAUUUAAUUAGAAUGUAAUAUCUAUCGACAUCCCCACUAAGCGUCCAACGUAUUCAAUCUACUUUAUAAUGAGAACGUGCUGAGUGUGUGUUUUAAAUCGUUAACGUCAAAUACUAAUGCGACUUUUCUAGUGCGCUAGUGGCGCCUCUAGCGGAAACUAUUGUAAAUGUGAAACAGACUGCAGAAAAAGUAGGAUAUGCAAUUGACAGAUGAAAACUCAAACAUUUUCGUUAAAGUGUAAAUUCACACUCAGCAUGCUAUAAUUCUACUAAUAAGUGUAUAUCAAUACUGAACCUAAGAUUAUAAUUGCUAAUGGUAAUGGUAAUAGAAAUUUUAACUGAAUUUCAUACAUUAGUUAGCUUGUGGUGCAAGGUUCUCCGCUCUGUCACCUCCAUACGACCAUUAAAGAUACUAUAGUGUUGCAAAAGUGGUAUAACAGGAAGCCGAAUGAUGGGGAUGACUCAUGGGCUUAUUCCUAAACCACUUUUAUACCUAUUACAAUUUUUUAAAUUUCUUGUAAUAUAACCUAAAUUAUUUAAUAGCUAGAAAAAAAAUACUUAUUAUUCCUAUGUGAACAACAGGUCAACCGUAAUCCAUAUUAAUAAUAACUAAAGUUGUUGUCGGUGUGAACUACAAAGGGUGUCAACCCUUUGGCAAGAAAUUUUCCAAAGCCAUUUUAAUGUGAUAUUCAAGACAAGUUCAAGAGCUUAUUAAUCAACUUACUUAUGAUUGAAAUUAUGUAAAAACAUUGUAUGUUUGUAGCGAUUUCAUUUACCACUUAACUGAUGCAGGACAUAAUUAGGAACUAGUAGUAAGCCCUUUCUUUCAUAAAAUUAUGACGCAUCAAAUCAAAAUUGUAAAUGUUUUGUUAAUUCUUAUUUAUUGAUCUAGAUUCUGAAGGCACAAUGAUAAACGCAACGUAUUAUGGCAUAGAAUAAUGCCCAUCAUAUUAUAUGGAAAAAAAAAGUUUUUUUUUGCUUAUGUUUUCUUAUUAAUAAAAAAAACCGCAUAAUGUUAUAUCUCAGUUUGAUUAACAUAAACUUAACGAGUGUAAACCAUUACAGAUCUAUCAUUAGUUUAUCGUAAUUCUUCAUACAGGGUUGAUCUACUUCAUUUUCAUUUACAAAACCAACUUUGCCUAAGUUUUCUUUUAAAUCAUGUUAAGAUAAAAAUUAAGGAUAUUGGUGUUUCACAUAAUAUAGAUAUUAUAUAAUAUGCAUGUAUCGUACCGUUAAUGUAAUUGACGUUGUAGGUAGUUUUGUCUCAAAAUUAAAUUCACAUCGUAAAAUUUAAAGUGUUGCUACUUUCAAAGAGUUCAAAAUUAUAAAAAGGAAAUGUUUUAUUUUUCCAUAUCUUGCUUUUUGUUUGUAGUUAUGUACAUUUUUCCUUGAGAUACAAUUUGUAAAAUAGUUAUAAGUUGGAAGUA